CAUCUGACCGUGAUGAUCCAGAUGCUGGAGCGCGCCGUCUUUCAUCCCGGCCUGAGCAUUUAUCCCGUUGUAAAAAAGCCAAAGAGUCUGGUUUAAUAGUUUCUGGCGGUGCAAUCUUAUCGGAUACUAAAUCCGAAGAUGCAUCAAUGAUCGGUA